AAAACGACCCGUUGUAUACUUAGAUGAGACCUAUAUACACAAUACUUAUCAUACAAAAAGUUGUUGGCAGAGUGAGGAGGAGCCAGGAAUGUUCGUCUCAGAGUCAUCAGGGAGUCGCUGGAUAAUCGCUCAUGCGGGAACAAAAGAUGGAUUUAUAAAUGGUGCAUUAUUAAUGUUCAAAUCCCAAUCUAAGUCCUCAGAUUACCACGAUGACAUGAACUCUGCAAAUUUCUUAAAAUGGAUGACGGAAAACCUAAUACCUAAUCUACCUGAAAGGUCGCUUGUGGUAAUGGACAACGCUCCUUACCAUUGCACUCAAUUAAACAAAGCCCCUUCAAUGUCAAAUAUAAAAAGUAGUAUGCAGGAAUGGCUCCGGCAAAAGGGUAUAUAUAUUGAAGACACCUGGAGAAAAGCUGUGCUGUUUGAGCUAAUCAAACAAAAUAAAGGUCCACCGACAUUUGCAGUGGAUGAAUUAUUAACAGCUCAUGGACACGAAGUAUUAAGGUUGCCGCCUUACCAUUGUGACCUCAACCCGAUUGAGAAAAUCUGGAGCCUUCUAAAAAGACGACUUGACGAUUCAAAAGAACUUGUAAAAGUCUAAUUGAAUAAAAAUAUUUUGAAUUUGAAUUUGAAUUUGAAUUUGAAAGUGAUGUUCCUAUAGCCGCUGAUCACAAUUAUUCAAUAAAACUCUGAA